AUGCCUUUCUUCACAAAACGAAAGAAGUCGAAUGCGACAAUGCCAGAUACAGCACCCUCCAAGCGCCGAAAGACUAAAAGCACUCUCGCGAUGACUCGCUCCCAAGUGGUAUCAUGGCCUGCGCACCUGCUGCCCGUCGAAAUCUUUACGCUGAUCGUCGCGUUCCUCCCCCGUUCGAGCAUCCAGAAUAUGCGCCUGGUCAAUAAGGAGUUUGAGGAGAAGGUUUCUGAGUAUCUCUUCAAGGCGGUGGUUGUGCCCUUCAGUCCAGAGCUGUAUGGCAUUGCCACCAACCCAUCCCUCGGAGGAGAUUCGGAAGCCACAGAUUGCAAGCCACCUCCAGGCUCUGUCAUGCUGCAGGAUAAGGGUAUGAGGGUAUUUGAAGGAUUUGGUACACGAAUCCGCAAAUUCGCAAUGAGCUUCGAGUUCGACGAGCACAAUUUAGCUUAUCCACCGAUUAAGAGCGACCAGGAGGCAAUUACCUCGUUCUGGGGCAUCUACCGCUGGCCUUAUAAGAGAUACAACCGAUACGCUCAGUUGGAGGGCUUGGAGCAGACUGCUGAUGAGACGCGGACCAUGGCGAAGGCUUUCAGAUUCAUCAAAUGCGCAAAGGAGCUGGGUCUUUCCAUCGAUGGAGGCUUGGGAUGGCUCGCCGGUCCGGAUACAAAUCAGAAGGUCGUUGCGCGCGGUGAGAAACUUGCUGUGUUUGGGCAGAAUCAGUUCGUUCCGGAGCCUAAACCAAUUCAUGUGAAAGCUGGAAAAUCUUCAAAGUCAUCAUCUGCCUCUCGGGGUCGCGAUAGUACAUACCUGAACUAUGAGCGCAUGUUGACAGAAGCUGGAUAUAGCGGAGAGAGCCUUGAGUCUUCUAUUCGUAUGAUGAUCGAGACAGAAGAGUCGAUCGACUUGGCUACUCUUUUCACAACUCCUUACGAAGAUCUCGCAAACAGCCUGCCUCCGCGUAGCCUCCGCCUUAGUAGGACUUUUGCGAGGAGCAUUGAGGAUGGUACUCUUGACUUGUCUGCUAUGGGAGUAGUCGAUCCCGACCCCUUGGCACUAGUCGUCCCGGAUGUCGUCAAUAUUCGACCACAGACUGUGCCAAUGGAAACCUGGGUGCGAGCAGUUUAUCGAACAAAAGAUGACAAGGAGAAGCAGGAAAACCACUCUCUAAAGCCCAAUGAUCUUACAACCGGACAGAAGGAGAUGUUGCUCGAGAUAGAGUGGGCUCAAGCCGCUUUUAUGCAGUCAUAUGUGAUCGCGGUCAUCGAUAACCCUUUUACGUUCAAGGACAUUACGACGCUUACUAUCGCCCGCCUUCCAUAUCGGCAUCUGCCUGUCCUUCGACGCGGUGACUUCUGGGAUAGCCUGGCACAGCUCAAGUCACUCUCGUUGGCGAUUAUUCCUGAUUGGCGUGAGGUUGUUAAGCUUCCGACGAGUUGGGUUCAGGAUCACAAGCUUUCCCCUACACAAUCGGUGCAUGGUGUUUAUCAGCUUUUGCAGGAACAUAUCGCCCACCGAAAGAAUAUCACAAGUCUCCAUUUCGAAUGGCUUUGUGGUGGGGAAUAUGCACCUGGCAUGUUCUCGCGCAAUCAGCAUAUCUUGCCAGCACCCUUGGUUCCUACGGCUAUGGACAUGGUCAACCGAAGCCAUUCGCCACAGGUCUUGAGGCUUCCUUUUGUGAAGCACCUGUCCUUGAAAAACUGCUGGAUUAGCCCCCAUAUCAUGAGCAGCUUCUGCUUUUCCCUGAAAGGAUUCCGCGCAGAGAGUAUCAGCUUCGAUUCCGUCUCCUUGACCGCACCUAUCCCUCUAAAUGAACAGCCCGCCCCAAUCAAUGCCGGUGCACACAUUGUAUUAGGCCCAAACCCCGCCGCGAACCUUGCUUUGGGAGUUGCCCAGCAUCUCGCAGCCGGCAACCAGAUAGUACCGGUCGCCGGUGCUCCAGCGCAUCCUCACCCUCCCCAUGGUCCACCAGGUGAUGACUUGAGUUGGCUUCAACCACGCCAGGGCUCCUGGUCUCAUCUCAUCGACCUCAUCUCACCGGGUAUCACCCUUGCAGACCACCGUUACUCCUUCGACAUCGGCCCGGAACCACCUAUUCCACCACCCACCAAACUCACCAAGCUAGAAUUCAAGUCCUGCGGCUACGUCCGGCUUCCUCUUGGCUUCGACCAGACAGCACUUGGUGUUCCAGAGGCUCAGGGUCACGUAACGGGCCCGGCUGCUCAGCGAUACGGCGAGAUUGACCCUUACAUGAUGAAGACAAACGAUGCUGCCCUCGGCAUUAUCAUGAAUUAUAUGUCGCCAAAGGAGGAGGCCACGCUUGAGAAUGCCUGGAAUAUGAGUGUGUUCUGGGGCCCGUCUCGUGCUCGAUUGGCCGAGGAAUCAAGACUUGAUGGUGUUGUUAGUCCGGGUGAUGGCAGAUUUGAUGGGGUUAUUGAAGGUUUUCAGGAUUGA